CGUGGGGGUGGAGUAGGGACGUUGGAAGGCGUGCCUCGGAGGCGGAGUCUCCAUCGAAAAUCCCGGCAUGCAUCCAACAUCUGUGUGGGUGUUCCUUGCUCCGAGUCUCUCUCUCUCUCUCUCUUUCUCUCCCUCUCUCUCCUUCUCUCUCUCUCUUCCUCCACCCGAUGGUAGAUGAUCAAGCCCGUGCGCGCUCUCCCCUCCUCUCUUUCUCUCAGUCUGACUCGCGACUUUCGUCCGUCAUCGCAUGGGAGUUCCUCCACUAUCAGACCCGUUAACAGCAGUCGGCGUCGAGGCACCCGCUAUAACGUCUCUCGCAUCCCCGGGUGCUGGUGCUCGCCGUUCCUGACCUGUCCGGCCGAUGGGCCGCACGGAAAUCAGUGUGCCCGACCGAUCCAGUUUCCACGCGUAAAUAUCGUUGUUAAAACCAGGGAUCGGCGUUUUAAUUGACAUUUAAAUUCGACAACUUCUCCGAAGAUUGAAUCUGGAGGAGAGGUGACCGCGCGCGCGCUCUGAUCGUGCCUCGAAUCAAUUUUUUUUCCGAACGGCAGCCGUUGUUGUUAGCCGAGCUUCGUGAAGGAUGGAGGAGGGGAUGAUUCUCGAAGAGGAUCGCAGUUGAAGAGGAGUUGAAGGAAGUGAGAUUUUUCUAAAAAUCCCGAGGGGAUUUAUUUAUAAAUCCUGGCGUGUAUUGUAUUGUUGUUGGUUGGUAAUCGACGGCUUCGUGUAUGAUAAAAAGUAAUCGGAGGGUGAACACAACCGGUUGGUUGACACCGUGGUGGUGGAACGGGCUCCUUGAACGAGGGGCGGAUGUCGUGUACAGUGGGGGGAGGAGGAUUGUUGUAAGAGGAAAGUGAUCGAAAUUGUUCCGAGCACGAUGAUGGAAGUGCAGCAGCAACACUCCCCCGUAGGGGUGGGUCCUCUCGACUUUUCGCGCAGAGGUGUCGCGGAGGCGUCCGCUUUCCGCGUCGUCAAACCGAAGCAAUCGGCCUCGUCGCUGGUGCACCAGCAAGCGUUGUCACCGGAAACGAAUAACAACGAGAAUUCGCUUCAAGAGAACCCGCAGAUUCCCGUGGAAACCGAAGGAGGAUGCAACGUUCGUCUAAUGUUCCCCAGACUGUGGGCCCCCUUCGGAAACCCUACCGAGGUCACCAGUCUACCACCCUUGCCGAAAAGUCACUCAGAACGACUGUCCUUCGGAGUGGGCCGCCUGGUGGGUUCUCCAGCGACGAGGAGUCCCUCCCCGUCUCACUCGCCCUGUCCCGACUCUCCCCCGUCGGAUCGGCGAGACGGCGAGGUGGACGUGGACGUGGAAGAGGAGGAAGUGGACGUAGACGUGGAGGAGGUCGGCGACGAGGACGAUCGCGACGCCACGUCGAGCCCACCCCGUUCCUCGACCACCCCCUCGCCGACGAGCGUCGCGAUAUCGCCCACGUUGAACCCACCCAAGAAAUCGGGCGACAGUUUCAGCGUCUCGGCCCUUCUCAGGCCGGAUCCACCCUCUGCCCACCUGCAAAACGCGUCCCCCCACAGGGACGCGGCGUCGAUCGGCGCCCAUCCACCUCCGCCCGGAUCCUCCAUGCUCUACCCACCCCUUCACCUUCAAGGUGGGCUGUUGCCACCCCAUCCUCACCAUCCCUUGUCGUACCUGCACCCUCAAUUGCUCCCCCAUCAUUUGUUACCUCCACACUUGCUGCUACGUGGCGUCCAUCCGGCCCACCCUGGACUCCACUCCACCCACACGGCGCACGGCCUCCAUCAUCAUCCUCUGGGCGAUGUCUACAGUUGCGUCAAGUGCGACAAGAUGUUCAGCACGCCUCACGGUCUCGAGGUGCACGCGAGGAGAUCCCACAAUGGGAAGAGACCGUUCGCCUGCGAGCUGUGCAAUAAAACGUUCGGCCAUGAAAUUAGCCUUACGCAACACAGAGCCGUGCAUUCCGCGGAGAAGGUGUUCGAGUGCAAGCAGUGUGGCAAGGCAUUUAAACGUUCCAGCACUUUAAGCACUCAUCUUUUAAUCCACUCGGACACGAGACCGUAUCCCUGUCAGUUCUGCGGGAAGAGAUUCCAUCAGAAGAGCGACAUGAAGAAGCACACCUACAUACACACCGGCGAGAAACCGCACAAGUGUCAAGUAUGCGGCAAAGCGUUCUCACAGAGCAGUAACCUGAUCACGCAUUCGAGGAAGCACACGGGCUUCAAACCGUUUGCCUGCGAGCUUUGCGGCCGGGCAUUCCAGCGGAAGGUCGACCUGAGAAGGCAUCGAGAGACCCAGCACGCCGAUCUGAACACGUCUCAAAGACCGUCGAUCGGCUCGAUCCCCGGCCAAAACUCUUUGCCUAACGGCAAUCCGCCGAUGAUGCAAUGAAUAAUUCUCAAACGAUAAUCAAACGGACUGUAAAACUUUUAAAUCCUCUGGGAGGAAACGAGGUUGAUAACGUUAAUCGAAAAAAUUCUUUCCGAAUGGUGCAAUCGAGGGGGGAAUCUUGGACGACGCGACGAAACGUUUCUUUUUUUUUUUUUUUUUUUUUUACUUUCCUUCGUCGUCCAAGCAAAUGGAUCGAAAACUUUUUACAUUUUAAGGGAGUAUGCACGUUUAACUUGUAUAUUUAACGGACUAUUUAUUAUUUAAUAAUUCGAAAUGAUGAUUGACGCGUUUUUUUUUCUUCCUUUUCUUUUCUUUUUUUUUUUUUUUAUUUUAUUCUUCGAGUGUGAGGGUUUCACCGUGGAUUUUAGAAUUCACGUGGACUGGAAUUCAACCGUGCAUUCCGAUACGUUAUUCCGGGACCGUGGUUGGACACGAACGUGUGUGUGUGUGUAUGUGUGUAUGUGUGUAUGUGCGUGCGUAUGUGCAAAGUGAUAUAACGCGCAUUAUUGUUACCAAAGCUGUACAUUCCAUACCGUGGCUCGAACAAGAAAGUACUAUUAAUAAGAGGUAUCGAUUUAAAUCGAUUUUUCUUUUCUUUUCUUUUUUUUUCAAACGAAAAACACUCGAUUACUGGAACCGUUUUUUUUUUUUUUAACAGAUUCUAUCUAGAGAUGAAAGGUAUCCGGAGAAAUCCAGUGAGGUUAUUUCUUUGUUUCCAGUCUCGCUACACUCCGUGUGUCGAAUCGUUAAGUAUUGAGAUAAUCGUUCACUCUACUUCUCUUAUUACGUAGACAUUUACACGGCGUUCGUUGCGGCAAUUAAACGAGUUUUAUUCGAUCGACAGUUUAAUUUCUGUUUCUGUUUUAAUUUCUGUUUCUGAUUAUUUCUUUAGGAUUUAGCAUUACCUAAGGAGUAGGUAAAUCGCUUGACACCGUGUGCACCUUAAUUAUUUUAAUCCUUUUUUUAAAUAUAAUUUUAACGAUAACGCACAAUUUUUCUUUUACAGCAAUUCACUACGUUAAUUUCGACAGAACGAAAUUUUGUUUAAUAAUUAUUAACGAAAUCAAAAUUAAUUCUCGUUGAUUCGUGUUGUACGUGUAUGAAAAUAAGAAUGGAAUGAAAUUUAUUGCAAAAUAAAAUUUUCAUCCUUCUCGUUUAAUCGUCGACAAUAGACAACGUAUAUAAGAAAGUACGAGCAGCGUACUGUAUUUUGCAUAUCUUCAGCACCUAUCGUUCAAGGAAGGGCAUCACCCACACCCAAAGUUGCAACUGUGACCAAAAAAAGAAGAACUUGUAAAUAGCACAUAGAUCGUAUCUCGCCUAGCCUAUAAGCGUAUAAAUAUAUAUAGAUAUUAUAAAUACGAGUAUAAAUAAGGGAAAGAAAAAAAAAGGAAAAAAAGAAGAACACAAAAC